GCAUCUUACCUUCUCACCCAAACUUGACUGUUCCUAAGAAAUGAUUUCAGCAGACGUCACUCAUCUGCAUAGGGAGUAAGAUGCAACCAUCCUGCGAGCAGGCUCCUCGGAACCUGAAAACCUCUGUGUCUCUGCCAGGGAAAAACACUGGACCUACUGAUUGCUGCAUACAUCAGACCACAAACAUGGAAGGUACGGUUUGCGUGGACUGUCAUUCCUGGAUGUGCGCCUUCACCCGCAUCCAGAGGACGCAUUUUGGGCUGCAAGAUGGAUGCAAAGCCGCCGUGCACAAGGAUGCACGUAGAGGCGGCUGCAGGGCGUCUUUUAAUAUCUUGAUCGCCGCCAACACCUCUCACGGUUUAUCGUCGCUCAUAUAUAUAUAUAUAUAUAUAUGCCCAGCUGUUGUUGCGCUUAUUUGUUUUUUGUGUCUGCAGGAGUAGGAUGUUAUUAGCAUCCGCCGUGGUGGUAUGGGAAUGGCUGAACGAGCACGGACGCUGGCGGCCGUACAGCCCGGCUGUCUGUCACCACAUCGAGGCAGUCAUCCGGACCGACCCGCGGAGUGGUAGCGUGGUCCUCGGCCAGGUGGACCUUCGCCUCUCGCUCUACAUCAUCGAUUUACAAUCCAUGCACCAAUUCCGACAAGACACAGGUACCCUUCGACCUGUACGACGUAGCUUCUACGAUCUCGCCUCAGCACCAGGCCAAGGUUGGUUGUGGGAGUGGGAGAACGACGCUGGCAGUUGGACCCCGUACGACACAGAGGUGGGGAUCGCCAUCCAGGCAGCUCGUGACCGUCAGCAGCCCUGGCUGGACUUGACGCCGCUGGGGUUUUGCUACCUGAUUGACUUUGAAAGCAUGACCCAAAUCAAUGGGCAGACACAGCGCUGCCGACGAAUUCAGAGACGCUCCGAUUUAGCAUACCCGCUGGUGUCCGGACCCUUACCCAAGUCCCACCACGCAUGGGGACCUGCAUCUAUACCUGGCUAUGGAGGACUGCUCGGUGUUGACGUCUCCGGUGUAGGCAUGGGGAUGAGGAUGAGCAGUAGUGGGACUGGAAAUGGGAGCGCCUACCCAAGCGGGGCACUUCCUGCUUCAGCCAUCACUUCUUUAGGACAACCCUGUGCCUGUCAGCAGUGUAUGUUGGUGCUAAGUCUCAAAGCAGGAACGAUGUCUACUGCCCACACUCUGGGUCGAAGACCUCCACAGACUAAGCCACCCAGUCCCAAAUUAAGCAGUUACCCCAUCCCAGGAAGUUCUUAUUCUCUGACUCUCCCACGACCCCCAUCGCUGUCAUCAAGAUCUCUUUCUCCUCACAGGAUUUCAGGACUUGGGGCGACUGGUGGUUACAAUGUAACUGGUAUGGGAGGUACAGGAGGGCUGGGUGUUAUUGGUGCUGGUGGUGUUGGCAGUAACACUUUUGGGUUUGGAAAUAACUUCACACACUCGCUUUCCCUGCUGGGGCCAGCUACUGCCGCUCUCUCCAUAUCAUCCACACGUCCCCCUCCUCCUCCUCUCCCACCCCCUCCUCCACCACCUCCGCCACCCUCUACAGCUCCCAUGUCGGCUGCCAUCCCUCCACCUCAAACCUCAGCUUCCUCCCCCCUCUCGGUUUCCUGUUUGGUCCCCACGCAGCCAACUCAAGCCCCAGCUCUCAUUUCCACAGCCGCCUCCACCUGCACGCCGUCGCCGUCUGCCCGUGUUCUCGGUCCAGUGUCUUCAUCGGGUGCUGCUGCCUGUGCGGCCCCCUUGCCGCCACGGUCUAGCCUCGCCGGUCUGAGCCGUCCUGCCUUGCAGCGUAUCGCCAUGGCUCAGUCGCGAGCACUUAUUGCCUCUGGAGUACCAACAGUUCCAGUAAAGAACCUGAAUGGAUCCAGCCCAGUGCAUCCUGCCCUGGCAGGUAUUACAGGCAUCCUGAUGAGUGCAGCGGGACUUCCUGUCUGCCUCACCCGCCCUCCUAAGCUGGUACUCCAUCCCCCACCUGUCAGCAAGAGUGACAUCAAACCUGUGCCUGGUUUGGGCCACUGCUGCCGCAAGACCACAAAAAAGCAGGCCCGGAAAGGCAAGACACCAGAGGAAGUGGUGAAGCGUUACCUUCAUAAAGUCCGUAAUCCUCCAGAAGAAGACUGCACCAUCUGCAUGGAGGCCCUGGCAGGACCUUCGGGUUACAAGGGCCCCGGCGUUGGUGGCAUCUCUAGGGCCGAGUCGGUGGGCCGCCUGGCGCAGUGUGGUCACCAGUACCACCUCCAGUGCCUUGUCGCCAUGUACAACAAUGGCAACAAGGAUGGCAGCCUGCAGUGCCCCACUUGCAAGACCAUAUAUGGGGUCAAGACAGGCAAUCAGCCCCCAGGCAAGAUGGAGUACCACGUCAUCCCCCACUCGCUGCCAGGACAUCCUGACUGCAAAACCAUCCGCAUAAUCUACAACAUCCCUCCUGGCAUCCAGGGCCCUGAACACCCAAAUCCAGGAAAACCAUUCACAGCACGUGGAUUCCCCAGACACUGUUAUCUCCCUGACAGUGAGAAAGGUCGCAAGGUACUUAGACUGCUUCUGGUAGCGUGGGACCGCAGGCUCAUUUUCUCUGUGGGCACAUCCAGCACAACUGGCGAGUCUGACACAGUGAUCUGGAACGAGGUGCACCACAAGACCGAGUUUGGAUCCAACCUCACGGGCCAUGGCUACCCCGACCUGGGCCACCUGGACAAUGUGCUGGAGGAAUUGAGGGCUCAGGGCAUCACUGAGGAAGAGUGUCUACCUAGAGACUGAGCAAUAGAUGCUUGGAGCACAAACAACUUGAUAAAUUGGGAGUGAAGACGGAGUCCUUAGAGCUAUGGAACAGAUUGAUUGUAAUUUAACAACUGUUCAAAGAAACUUUGCAGGAAUAGUUUCAGCUUCUGAUGACUGAGGCAGAUUUUUCCUGUUCUGAUGCGGAAUAAGCAUCAAGGCCACAGGACCUAUAUAAGCCCAAAAUAGUUUAAAAGGAUAUUUGUCAUUUCUUACUGAAAGACUUCCUAAGUGAGAGGCCUGAUGAGAAUGUAACUGAGGUUUUCAGUAAAUUUGACCUGUUUACCAGUUGCUGCUUUGCUGGACUCUGAAGAAUUUAAAUAAAGGUACAUUUUUUUUUAUGUUUUUAAGUCUUAGUCAACAAAGCAAAGGAUUUUAAACUUCAGAAUACCCAAAAUGUUUAAAAGGACAUCUGAGCAUGGAUAUUUGCUGACCUCUAGUGGCACUUUUUCAGUACUACAUUCCCUUUUUUCCGUCUGAUUUAUAAAUGUAUUCUUAGAUAUUACAGUACUUGAUAUAUGUUGGCUACAUUCUUGUUUUUAUAUUUAAUUUACCAUUUUAUUUUAUAUAUUGUUUCAUUGUAUUGUUUUAUUGGCCUGGGCCAAUAGUGUGCUGAUGUACAAAAAUGUAUUUUCUUUUUGAACCACCAUUUUCAGGAUUUUGUAUUUGAUAAACUUUCAAAUGGACAUUUCUUAAUCAUUUGUUCCUCAGAGUAUGUGUGUGCUUUUACAAGCAUUCUGUGUCUUGUUCAGGACUGAAAGACAAAAGCCUUGAAUUAUGGAUUAUCGUCCCUUCGGGAAGAGCAUAUUCCCAGAAAUGCUAGGAUUUAGACCCCCUGCCUGAACUCAGAUUUGCACAGAGCUUUCUACUUAGCAUCGAAAGAAAACAAGUUUGCAUCUAAUGGUUUUUGUGUGUCUCUAAGACACAAAAAGACACCAACCUUUAGUCAAACUCCAGAAUGUGGUGAAUGUUUUUUUUAAUUUUUGUGUCAUGUUCACUUUUUAUCAUAAGAAGGUGCAAAAAGACUAUCAUGGAGAGCAUUCAGUUUUGGCCAAAGCCAGUUUGCAUUAAGUGGACUGUUCUACUGAGGUAUGUUGGAGAUGUGUGGGGGCAUACUAUUGUGGGUAAACAUUUAUACUUUAUGAUACUUUAUGUAUGUUUGUGUUUUAUGUGCAAAAGAAUUUAAUUAAACUGUUUUCUAAGA